CCCCCCCCCCCCACCCCCAGCCCGGGGACAGGCCAGACCUGCCCCUAGGCUGCCCGUUGAGAAGGCGCCCCCGGCAGGGGGAAACUGACAUCCAUCAGGGUCCGCCCACCUCUCCCCUCCUCUCCCCGGAGCGAAUCUCUCCUGCGCUCCCGCCCCAGAAGUUGAGGGGCUCCCGCCCGGCCUGCCGCGCUCCGGCCGCCGGGACCCUCGGCCUCGGAGGAGCAGCCAGCUCGGACCCCGGGAAGAUGGCGAGGAGGAGCCGCCACCGCCUCCUCCUGCUGCUGCUGCGCUACCUGGUGGUCGCGCUGGGCUAUCAUAAGGCCUAUGGAUUCUCUGCCCCAAAAGACCAUCAAGUGGUCACAGCAAUAGAGUAUCAAGAGGUUAUUUUAGCCUGUAAAUAUCCAAAGAAGACCAUUUCCUCCAGAUUAGAGUGGAAGAAACUGGGCCGGAGUGUCUCCUUUGUCUACUACCAACAGGCUCUUCAAGGUGAUUUUAAAGAUCGAGCUGAGAUGAUAGAUUUCAGUAUACGGAUCAAAAAUGUUACAAGAACUGAUGCUGGGAAAUAUCGCUGUGAAGUUAGCGCCCCAUCUGAGCAAGGCCAAAACCUGGAAGAAGAUACGGUCACUCUAGAAGUCCUAGUGGCCCCAGCAGUUCCAACCUGUCAAGUACCCAAUUCUGCUCUGAGUGGAACUGUGGUAGAGCUGCGAUGUCAAGACAAAGAAGGGAAUCCCGCUCCUGAGUACACAUGGUUUAAAGAUGGCGUCCCUUUGUCAGAGAAUCCAAAACUUGGCUCCCAAAGUGCCAACAGCUCCUAUACAAUGAAUACAAAAUCUGGAACUCUGCAAUUUAACACUGUUUCAAAACUAGACAGUGGAGAAUAUUCCUGUGAAGCCCGUAAUUCUGUUGGACAUCGCAGGUGUCCCGGGAAACGAAUGCAAGUCGAUGAUCUCAACGUGAGUGGUAUCAUAGCAGCUGUAGUGGUUGUGGCCUUAGUGGUUUCUGUUUGUGGCCUUGGCGUGUGCUAUGCUCAGAGGAAAGGCUACUUUUCAAAAGAGACCUCGUUCCAGAAGAGUAGUUCUGCAUCUAAAGCCACCACAAUGAAUGAAAAUGAUUUCAAGCAUACAAAAUCCUUUAUAAUUUAAAAGAAUUCCACCUUUGAGAUACACCAAAACCACAGUUGUUACACAAGUUAUUAAAAGAUUAUAAAACUCUGCUUUGUCUUACACUUGCAAAGAGGUACAUGAGGAGAUGAAUUUGGUAUUUCGUGAUAAUUUUUAUGAUCAUUAAAUUACUUGAAAUUGUUAUUUUAAACAAAUAGUUCUGUCAGCACCUAAAUAAAAUCCAGUCUGGCUUCUUACCUCUGGACUAAGUUAAAAGAAUCACAAAACUUUGUAAGAUUCUGGGAUUUAUGAAAUGUUAAAUGUCCUAACUCCUAGAGAAACUUACUAAAAUAUAUGAUACUGAUUGUGAAAUUAAUCCACAGAGCAUGAAAAUACAAACUGUGUGCACCCUCUGUGCAGGAGUCUGAUUUAGAGGGUUCAGAAACUACUGACAGACGCAAAAAGGAACCUCUAGUCUCAUUUCUACCAGAAUCCUCUUUUCUCCCCUAAUACAAUCCUUACUCCACUGCUCAUUUGUCACUAAUCUAUUCACAGAAGGGAGGUAGGAGGAGUGGGUCUUAUUCCCAAGGAUUUGUACUUUGUGUUUAUUUUUAUUUCUGGGGAACCAAAAGCAACAUGAAGAAAAAUACCUAAUGACCAGAGCUCACUCCCUUGGCGUGUGUCAUUGAUUUUUUUCAUUAAACGUAAUUUUGAGAGUCAAACACAAA